UGCAGUCUGCGGCGUCGGGGCCGUAGCGUCCGUUUUCCGCGCGCCACUCGCUGGGUCCCUGCGCCCAGGGCGCACGGUGGAGACGGACACCGCGGCGCCAUGGAGCCGGUGCCCUCUGCGCGUGUGGAGCUGCAGUCCUCGCUCCUCGUUAACGUCUCAGACGCCUUCCCCAGCGCCUUCCCCAGCGCGGGCGCCAAUGCUUCGGGAUCGCCGGGCGCUCGGAGUGCCUCGUCCCUCGCCCUGGCCAUCGCCAUCACCGCGCUCUACUCGGCUGUGUGCGCUGUGGGGCUGCUGGGCAACGUGCUCGUCAUGUUUGGCAUCGUUCGGUAUACCAAGUUGAAGACUGCCACCAACAUCUACAUCUUCAAUCUGGCCUUGGCCGAUGCGCUGGCCACCAGCACGCUGCCUUUCCAGAGCGCCAAGUACCUGAUGGGAACGUGGCCGUUCGGAGAGCUGCUGUGUAAGGCCGUGCUCUCCAUCGAUUACUACAACAUGUUCACCAGCAUCUUCACGCUCACGAUGAUGAGCGUGGACCGCUACAUUGCCGUCUGCCAUCCUGUCAAGGCCCUGGACUUCCGGACGCCGGCCAAGGCCAAGCUGAUCAACAUAUGCAUCUGGGUCUUGGCUUCUGGGGUCGGGGUCCCCAUCAUGGUCAUGGCAGUGACCCAACCCCGGGAUGGAGCAGUGGUAUGCAUGCUCCAGUUCCCUAGCCCCAGCUGGUACUGGGACACUGUGACCAAGAUCUGUGUGUUCCUCUUCGCCUUCGUGGUGCCGAUUCUCAUCAUCACGGUGUGCUACGGGCUCAUGCUGCUGCGCCUGCGCAGUGUGCGCCUGCUGUCCGGCUCCAAGGAGAAGGACCGCAGCCUGCGGCGCAUCACUCGCAUGGUGCUGGUGGUGGUGGGCGCCUUCGUGGUGUGCUGGGCGCCCAUCCACAUCUUCGUCAUCGUCUGGACGCUGGUGGACAUCAAUCGGCGCGACCCACUUGUGGUGGCCGCGCUGCACCUGUGCAUUGCGCUGGGCUACGCCAACAGCAGCCUCAACCCGGUUCUCUACGCCUUCCUGGACGAGAACUUCAAGCGCUGCUUCCGCCAGCUCUGUCGCGCACCCUGUGGCCGUCAAGAACCCGGCAGCCUCCGCCGUCCCCGCCAGGCCACCACGCAUGAACGUGUCACCGCUUGCACCCCCUCUGACGGCCCGGGUGGUGGCGCUGCCGCCUGACCUACCCGGCCCUCCCCUUAAGCGCCCCUCCCAAAUGAAGUGAUCCAGCGGCCACACCGAGCUCCCUUGGGAAGCCCUGGAUACCAUCGGGACAGCUAGAAUAGGGCCUGCACACAGGGGAGGCCUCCCUUGGGGGCGGGACCUGAGGGAUCAAAGGCUCCUGGUUGGAGGGGUGGGGGUCGGGGGGGGGGGCAGA